AUGGCGAUAAACGAUGUACACUUGCAUUGUCAUUAUAUACAUCACACUAUUUACGAACUUGUGAAAUCAUUUCCUGAUUAUAAAAAAAUAAUGGAUCUCUUUGAGGAUAAAGUGGAUCCACUGUAUAUUGAUAAAUGCAAUAAUGUGGACAUAGAUGUUUAUGGAACUUUUAAAUCCAAAAUUAAAAAUAAAUGUCCUCAAGUAAUAUCAUAUUUAUAUAAUGUAUAUGAACAAAAUAAUAAAAAUAUUCCUGAAGUAUAUUGUAAAUACUUGUCAUAUUGGAUAUACCAUGAUCUUCUUAAUAAGAAAUAUGUGAAUGGUAUCACAAUACUUUAUCAUUCGUUGAUAGAUGUGUUUAAAUCUAUUUACAAAGAUGUAAAUGUAGAUAUAUUAAAAAGAAUGUAUAUUAGUGAUACGACAUUAGCAAAUAUCACAUCUUUAUAUGAUAUAUAUACUUGUCUUGGUAUUAUAAAUGAUAAUCGUGGAUAUAAAUAUGACAAAAAUUUCUGUAAUGCAAUAAAAGCUAUUCAAGAUAAAAAUAAGGCAGAAAUGGAAGCAAGAUUUAGUGCACUUAGGGAUCAGAAUGUUGUACACACUUGCAAAAAUAAAAUUCCUUUUAGUAUUAUAAUUACGCUUUUUAUAAUGUUCUUAACAACACUUUUAUUAUUUAUUGUGUAUAAGUUCACACCAUAUGGUUCAUACCUGUCUCAUGAAAUAAAAAAAAUUAAAAAGAAAUGGAAAAAUAUCCAUGAAGCAAGUAUUAUAAGGGAGUCUUCAGAGAUACCCCAAUAUAAUUUAAAUGAUAAGUGCUAUGAUAUAUUGUAUCACUGCGAUUAA